CGAGCAGAGUGUCGGCGCUGACGUCACGGCCCUACAGUGAGAGCUCGAGCUGAAUUGUAAGCGCGAGCCUCAGACGGAGGCGCGCCGAGGCAACGGACACUACGAUGAGCUCCGCGCGGUGCGACUCUGCUGCUUUCUGACGGAAAAUACAGCCGAGCUUUGAUCCUAAUUGUUGAUUAUUUCUUCUUUCCAGCGACGUGAGCACGCAGACGGACAUUUUGAGAGUUAAUUCGCUGUGUGGUUUACAACAUGUCCUCCGCGGCGGUCGCUGCCUCCAGAAGGCAGUCCUGCUAUCUGUGCGACCUGCCCCGCAUGCCGUGGGCGAUGAUCUGGGAUUUUACCGAGCCCGUUUGCCGCGGAUGUGUCAACUACGAGGGGGCCGACCGGAUUGAAUUUGUUAUCGAGACAGCCCGGCAGCUGAAGAGAGCGCACGGCUUCCAGGACGGCCGCUCUCCGGGCCCGGGGAAGUCCCAGCACGCCGGGAAGGAGAUAAACCACUCGUCCGGAGACGCGGGUUCCCGUCCGCCGCAGACGUUGGACCGCUACCCGCUGUCUGACCGGCCGCCCCGGCUGGGACCGGAGUACCAGGCGGGGAGGCAGGCAAACGGCCUCCCGAUGCCGAACGGAUUUCCAAAACCGGACGAGCCUCCGGAGCUGAACCGACAAAGCCCGAACCCCCGCAGGACUAGCACGGUUCCUCCCAACCUGGUGCCUCUGGUGAACGGCGGCAUACCGACCAUACACCAACUGAACGGUCGCGCGGCUCAGAUGGGUCUGCCCCCCGGGGUCCUGGCCGCGCCUGGCCACGGGGAGCACGGCAAGCGUCCGGACGAGCACAAAGACAAACACAGGCCGGACAGCCUGUCGGACAUGUCGGACAGCCACAAGGAGUGGAUAGGCAAAGGCAAGACGGUCCGGGACCUGAUGGCGCUGCAAACCUUCGACAGCAGGUUUAAGAAGGAGCACGCGGCCAUGCAGCGGGUGAUGGGCUACGAGACCAGCGCCACUUCCUCAAAACCAGACAGGGGGAAGCUCCCGCGGAGUAGCAUGAAGAGGAAGGCCUCCCCUGAGCCAGACGGAGAGGGCAGCGCCCCCAAGAUGAACGGCAGCGAGAGCCAGCCUUGGCUCCCCUCGCCCUCAGAGGUCCUGAAGAUGCCCCCUGCUGCCCUGCCAGGCUUCUCAACGGCCCCCCCUUCCACCAUCUCCCCCCACUCCCGCACCACGCCGCCUGAGGCCGCCACGGCGCAGAACGGCCAGUCCCCCAUGGCUGCGCUCAUCCUCGCCACGGACAACGCGGGCAGCACGGGCUCCCCCAAGGAUACCAACCAGGUACACUCCACCACGGCGGGCGCACGGCGGAACAGCGGCAGCCCCCUGUCGCCGUCUUCGGCCUCUCAGAGGAGGCUGGCCCAGCGGGAGGGGCCCGUGAGCUCCAACCCUUCUGCUCUACACGCGCCCGGGGGCAUGGACCCCCACGCCCCGCCACCACAGAGCAUUCCAGACUCUUCCGUGCCGCCCGGCAGCGUGCCGCUGUGCUGCACUCUGUGCCACGAGCGGCUGGAGGACACUCACUUCGUCCAGUGCCCGUCGGUGCCCUCGCACAAGUUCUGCUUCCCCUGCUCCCGGGAGAGCAUCAAGCAGCAGGGCGCCACCGGCGAGGUAUACUGCCCCAGCGGGGAGCGGUGCCCGCUGGUGGGGUCCAACGUGCCCUGGGCCUUCAUGCAGGGGGAAAUAGCCACCAUCUUGGCCGGGGACAUAAAGGUGAAAAAGGAGAGAGACCCAUAAAAUGUUCACCAGCUGGUUUUAUUGACCUCCUUUUUUUUUUUUUUUUUUUUGUAAUCCGCCUAUGGCAACAGCGACAGGACAAAAAGUAAACAACACCACACACAUCAUUAUAAAUCAUGCAGCAAGCCCCAGAGAAACGAACGGACAUGUACAUACUGGACACGAGGGAGGUGCACGCUUCCUAAACAUGGCUGUAUAAUAUUUUUGAUUCUUUUUCAAUACAUUUGUGUUUCUCUAAUUUUGAAGAUAAAAAGGUAUGUGCUCUCAUAACAGCCCCCCCCCCACCACCACCACCACCCCACACACCUGUUUUAUUUUGAAUCUCUCGGUGUAUUUUAGGUCUGGAGACGGUCCUGUCAAUCAUAGAAUGUGACUAAUCUGAGCACUUGGCAGAAAAAAUAAAAAAGACAGAAAAAAUGCUUCUAGCUGUACAUGUAUGCACUUGUUUAAAAAAAAAAAAAAAUAACUUGCCAAAUACAGUUUCAGACCUUGUAAUAAUACCUCUGCUGUCUCUGUGGUUUGCUUAUUCUCCAUAAUCAGUGAGCCAGGAGGUUGUUUGGUUUGGAGACUCACGGCCUGAUCUGUGAUUCAGCCAUGAUGCAACUCCAGCAGGAACAAACUGGCUUCCAGGGAGGAGUGGGUGGAAGAGAAGUCGAGGAGGGAGGUGGGGGGAGGGUGCAAGAAGUGGGUUGCAUAAACGUUUUGUACAGUAAAUCGUACGUAGGCGGGCCGAGGACGCUCGCCUCCGGGGGCCUUCGAGCCCUGGGGAGAUAAGCAGGGCCUAUAAAUAGUGUGCCGUGGAAACGCGACGCUCUUCAUAGUGAGGCGCUUGUUGACGUGUUUGUGGUGUCGAAAUGUUGGCAUGAAUGCAUCAAGGUUUUGCCCCUCAUCUCGUCCUUUUUUAUUGUACUUUUAAGGAGCUGGCAGCAGAUGAGGCCUGUUGUUGACUGACUGAACGUCACGCCCACAGUUUACAGUGAAAACACGUGAGGUCAUGCGGCGGCGGCCCUCUGGGACUGUUACGCUGGGAGCUGAGCGAGCGGCUCGUUGCCGGUUUUUCCACAUAACUUGCUCUGCCAGGACGUCAGAGGUGCCUCUGGGCCCUGUUUUGGGCCCUGUUUUGGCUCCUGCGGGGGGAGGGGUUCCUCCUUUCAGACAAGACCUGUGUGGCGCUUGAAUCUUUGGUUUUUUUCUCGUUAGGACGGCACACACGUGGUUUAAUAUUUCAAGUUAAUAUUCUGCAUGAAAAGCGUUUGAGGAGUGUGGAGGGGCCCCUGCCUUGGAGCAGAGGGGCAGAGGGAGGAUGUAACUGCCUUGCUCAGGGGUCACGUGCUCCUCAGUGGAAUUCCUGAGUCACUGUCCUCCCCCCUUCCUCCUCCCGCCCUUCCUCCUCCUCUGCUGCAACAACACGCCUUCCACUGUUCAUGGCUGAUCACUCAGCGAGCGGAUGAAUGGGGGCCUGUGUGUGUUUAUGCCGGGGGGCCCCUGUCGCUUUCAGCCGCCAUUCAGAGACCAGCGGCGGCGAGGAGGAAAAAACGUUAACCCUUUGUUCACUCUGUCUCUCUGCUGCAGACGCUCUGUUUACCGUCAGAUUCGUGUUUGAACACAUUUAAAAAGUAAAAUAAUUCACUCUUUACGUCUGCAGAAAAAUCUGGACUGUUUUUUAUUUACUACUCAUUAGAGACAGUGAAGGCAACAGAGGGGCCGAAACCUUCAGCUCGGGGGACAUGAACAUGAUUUAAGUCAGUCCGCUUCCUCUCAGCUGUACUUGUUUUAGAUCAUUUAUAAACUGAAUAUCUUUUGGACAGUCGGCCAGAAAAAACAAGCAGGAGGAAACCUUUUUAUUUCACCAUUUUCUAGAACACUUACUCAGAAAGAAAUCAGAAGCAGAUAAAUCAGCAGUGAAAAUAAUCUUUUAGCUGCUCCCUGCGUCAGUGUUGCAUCAAUAAUAAACGGCCUUUAAAAGAGCUUUUCCAGUGUUUUGCUUUCUUAGAGGGCCGGCCGGCCUUCUAGUGAGAUUAAAUCGGUGCAGGUCAGCAGACUAACGGGUCAGUUUGGAUUAUGUAAUGUUUGUUUUUCCAUCGAUGACAUUCCUCUGUUGAGUCCUGCAAACAGAAGUUUGCCAAAGUAAAGAAUUACCCGCAGGGAGGAAAAAAUGUACUUCUGAGUUUAAGUACAUUUUUCUUUUUAAGAGUUUAGUUUUAAACAUGUUUUUAUUUAGCAGGGUUUCAUUAUUACAGGUGGACAAUCUAGUUAUUUCUCUGUCUGCUGAGGUCUGCAGGCCCGUCUGAAAGACACUAUUGAGCUCUGCCAGAACUUCUGCUGCAGGUCUGAGGCUGGAUCACUGCUUCAUAAGGCAGCACCGCAUGAAGCAAAAUAUAAACACAGUGCAUGAUGUUGCAUUGCUCCAGUACAAGACUAGUUUACUACCAACAGCAAGAACUUUGCCUUGUUAUAAAAUCCAGCCCGGGAUGUUAGAACCACCGAAUCAAUAAAGAUCAUUUGACAUAGGAUGAUUUUCAAAAGUUGGUGGGCAACAAAAAGUACCGCCUCGCUACCCGUCAAUGUUUGUAAGCUUUGUAAAAUACAUUUUUUUUUCUGGAGCUUUACUCGGUGAAUGAAGUUUGAUGAAGUUCACGGGGGAAAAGCAAUUAAGUUGACCUUGAGUAAUCAAAUUGUUUUAAAUGCGCCAUCUUCCUAGAGACCUUUUGGUUGAACCCGUACCCCUUUUCUUUGCCUUAUUGAUUUUAUUUUCAUGCUCCAUAUGUUUUAAAUCUGUAGCACUUUGGGGGUCUGGUACAAAUAAAUGUUAUUAUUAUUA